ACACGCCGUUAAAGGUAUGAAAGGGUAGUUUUGGAAACAGCAGGAGAGUUAAGAGAUGAUAAAAAAAACAAAGUAAAAGCCAAAACGAGCAAUCAAAAAAAUUGAUAGCAAAACGAAAGUCAGCAGAACAUUUCACAAACAGGUCAAUCUGCAGCUGUUUCGUAGCCGCCAAAAAGAUGAAGGGAGUAAAAUGGAACGAGGAUAAUCUUGGGGAAAUUGAAGCAAAUAAGCCUGUGAGGCAGAAAAUCACCGAACCCAAGACCCCGUAUCACCCCAUGAUUGAUGUCGAUGAUGAUUCUCUUUCUCCAAGGGGGGGCAGCUUUAAUGAGGUUAUUGAGGAUGCAAUGCGUGCAGAAGAUCUGCGGUCUGCAUUGGAUAUUAUGGCAUCCUCAAGUAGAAACCCAGCUAAACGAUCUAGUGGCUGGACAUCAUCCGAGGAUGAGGCUGAUCCUAUGGAACAAGAUGAAGAAGAUUCUGAAACGGAUAGAAGUUCAAGUUUUAGGGAGCUUAGACGAGCACAUUAUGAUGAGUUUCGGAAAGUGAAGGAACUAAGGCGGAAGGGUUCUUUCCUAGAGGACGAAGAUGAUGAGGAGAAUGGUGCUGAGAAGGAGGGCACUUCAUCAUUAACUGCUGGUGUGAGAGAUAUAGAGAUUGAAGAAGGUGCUGCAACUUCACAUAAAAAUUCUUCACCUCCAGCUAAUGGGGUUUAGAGGCUAUCAAACCAAUCUGACACUUGAGAGGCUGACAGUUUUGGCACUUUCAUGGUAUUUUGUUAGAAAACAAUAUGUAUCUUACCUUCGCUCAAGAACAAAGAUGUAACCUUUCCUGAUUUGUAUGUUUUCAUGUGUGAUUUUACUUGAAAUUUGUAAAUAGAUUUUGAGCCUUGCAUUGUCAAUUGUCAUGAGACAACUUUUUUGUUGCAGCUGCACCCUUGUUCUCCUCCAAUGGAAAUAAACAUGUGUUUUCUUUUAUGGAUAA